AUGUUGACUUCAUCCCAUGCUAGCGAGGAGGACCAUUUCCGCCAACGACUCGACUCCAUCAACAAGGAGAUGCAGGCGAUCAUUGAGCGCACAGCAAUUGAGCGUGACAAACUCUACCGCAAUAGCGCCAUGGGAUCCCUGGCGUGGGACAUGACAGAUGCCACACCGAAGGAAGCAACAGAGCCUGCGUCUCUUUUCCAUGCGCCUGCAUUCAACACGACGGCCACCAUUCCUGCCCCGUCACGCAGAAUCUUGGAUGAAUCGGAUGUAAGGCGUAUAGUUGCGGAUGAGAUGAAAGCGUGGAAAGCGGCCUUUGAACAGAGAAUGACCGAUUCCAUAAAAGGGGUGAACACGACGAUGAGUCAACGCCUGGCGGAGAUGAAUAACUCCCACCUGGAACUUGCGGAAUCGCUAAAAGAAACCACGGAGGUAUCAAGACGGGGUUUAGGAGAGAUGCAGAAUGCAUUGGAUCGAAUUCAGCGUGGUGCGAAACUUCCUAUAGAGAAUCUUUCUAGAGAAAUGGAAGAGCAUGUCAAAGGCAUUACAUCAGAGCAGAAUCAUCUUCGUGACGCUGUUUUUGCCCUGCAAAACGAAGCAAGAAUAGAGCAGCAGCGUGGAGACCGUCGUGUCGAUGAGCUCGUUCGUCGUCACCAUGAUUUGGUGCGAAAUUCUUUGUUAGAGUUAGAUUCUCACGUUGUUGGUCUUCGAGACGAAUUAGAGCAAAUGGUGCGAGCACAGGCUCGAAAAACGUCUGAGGAAUGUGAUUUGAUUCACCAGCACGUUGCACGCCUUCGUGGUGCGCUGGAGGCGACGAACGACACCACCACACAGUGGGUCACGGAACUUAGGGGCCUGAUGGAGGAAAACAUUUCCUCCCGCAGCGAAAUGCGUUUGUGUCGCCGUGACAUUAACCGUCUGGAGAUGCUUCUGCAGUGUGUUUCGGCUGGGGACCGAGACGCCGGCGCUAUUUCGGGAGCACGGGACGGCCUGCUCCGCGGCCAGUCAGACAGGGCCACUGGCGGUGUGGAGAUUUCUUGUGAGGAGUUUCUGGCACUUAAGGAGCGGGUAAAUUUCCUUCAGCAACGAAUAGAGAAAAUGGACCGGCAGAUGACUGUCAUGGAUGGGGCACUCCACCGUCUUUUUGCUGCCGGUGGAGGCGGCGGUCCUCAGAGCCGGGAUCCGGUGUUUGGCUUUCAGGCGUCACAUCCGGAGACGAUAGGUGGCAGACUGAAUUAUGCGGACCCGCUGGAUGCGAGAUAUGUUUCCAUGGGAACAAAUCCCCACCCAUCACAGAGCAUGUCGCCGGUGAGCAUGCGAGAGCACCAGCAGCAACAGUUUUUGAUGCAAAGAAAUCAGCAAUACCGUGAACAGCAAAAACAAAUGAUGGCGGCGCACAGUCCACAUGAUGCGACUCCAACGAUGGGAACGAACGACAAUUCGCCCAUGGGGGUCAGGGAGCCAAAACCAAGGUUGUUGGCUCAGUCACCAUCCUCUGCCCUGUCACGGAGGGCUCAAUGGACGAAUGAUGACCCAAUUCAACAACAGCAGCCAAUGGGAGUUCAGCAGUUUCCUCGCUACUCUCAUGCGUUGUCCUCCCCGGGGGUAGUACGGCGUGCCAUGGAAAAUAUAGAGGACCCUCCAGCGCAGUCUUCGGAUCGCCUUCCGGUUACACAGCAGGCAAAACGUCCAGACGCUCCUGACAGUUCAAAGGUGACCGAAAUUUAUGGAGAGCAGGGAAUAUCCAUGCAUUUUACCCGUGGAUCAGGAGAUUUUUCCCAAACCCCUACUCCGUCGGAUUCAUACGUCUCAGACGACAAUGAAGAAGCAAAGAAGGAUGAGCAAUCCAUGCAAUACGUCCCUGCACCCUCCAGUGAUAUCGAGAGUGAAAUUGACAACAAUAAAAUGGCUCGUUUGGCACUAGACUGA